AUGGCCAAAGGCUCUCAGCUUACGCAGCUCAAGAGCGCUCUCCACCAGGCCGGCCUCACACACCAACCUCAGGCCGGGAAGAAGCGCAAGCGUGCCGCUCCUACUGAGGUUGACAAGCGGAAGAAGGCAACGAAGCUCAAAGCGAUCCAGCAAGAGCUCAACCCAUUCGAUGUGAAGGUCACGAAGUUGAAGCACGACGUCGGAGGCAGGAAAAUCAUUGGAACUACGGGCCGACCUGCGCAAAGCAAACAAGCAGGCAUCGAGCAGAGGAAGAAGACUCUGUUGAAAGAGUUCGAGCAGCGGGACCGUGCUGGCGGGAUCAUUGACCGACGGUUCGGUGAAAAUAACCCUACCAUGACUCCGGAGGAGCGUAUGCUUGAGCGUUUCACCCGGGAGCGGCAGCGUACAUCGAAAGGCGUUGCGUUCAACCUAGAAGAUGAGGACGAACUCACCCAUUACGGUCGAAACCUAUCUAAGCUGGACGACUUCGACAAUGUCGGGCUUGGUCUGGACGAUGAGGAAGAGGACGAUGCUGGACCUCAGGCCGCGAAAGCACACUUCGGCGGCUUUGACGAUGAGGUAGAAGAUGAGGACGAGGAUGGACCACCACAUAAGAAGUCCAAAUCGGAGGUCAUGGCAGAGGUUAUUGCAAAAAGCAAGGAGCAUAAAAUGAUGCGGCAAACGCAACAAGAAGAGGACGAGAAUAUGCGACAUGAGCUUGACCAAGAGCUCGAUUCAAUCCGAUCCUUGCUUUUCGCCACCCCUGCCGUUCCGUCAACGGAAGUUCAACCUUCCUCCCCAGCUCUCCCCCAUCCUGUCGCUGUGCCUGUGGAAGACGACGACAAGCAAUACGAUCAGUAUGUUCGUGAAUUGGCCCUUGACCGGCGAGCAAAGCCAAAGGACCGGACAAAAACGGAGGAGGAGAUUGCGCGCGAGGAGAAGGAGGCGUUGGAGAAGGCCGAGAGACGGCGCAUUCGGCGUAUGAACGGGGAAGAGAGCGAAAGUGACGACGAGGGGAAAGGAAGGCGCCAACAGGCUCGUUCUCGCGGCGGCGAUGACCUCGACGAUGACUUCCAAAACAGGGAGGAGUGGAAUGGUCUAGGAGUAGGGCUUGGAGAUCAAGACGCGCGCCUCCAUGCCUCAGACGAUGGUGAGGCAGAAGAAGACGAGGGGAGCGAAGACGAUGAUGACGACGACGAUUCCGAAGGAGAGGAUGACGAUGAAGACGAAGACGCCGUAUCAGUUGCUGGAGAAUUCGAGAGCGCGGAGGAGGAUUCAGGUGAAGAGGAUGGCGAGGAAGGAGACACGACCGCGUUGGUUCAAAGUAGGCGCAAACGCCCCGUACGAACGUCAAACGCUACGAAGGAACUGCCAUACACCUUCCCUUACCCCGAAACUCACGACGAAUUUCUGGAAAUCGUGGAGAAUGUCGACGAUCAGGAUAUUCCUGUUGUUGUCAAGCGUAUUCGUGCCUUGCAUCAUCCUAGUUUGGCAGAGGACAACAAGUUCAAGCUCCAGAACCUGAACACCGUUCUCAUCGAGCACAUACUCUACAUCACCGCACCUCCGACUCCUCGUUUCAAUGUUUUGACGUCGCUCCUUCCUCAUCUCGCCGCCCUCACCAAGUCAUAUCCUAUCCAGUCCGCAGAAGCCUUCGUCGAAAAGCUCGCGUUGAUGCACAAGAACCUCAAGCGUGGACUGUCAAAAGGGCCUAACUCACAAGAUGCCAAGACAUGGCCCGGUCUCUCCGAGCUGUCUCUCCUCCGCGUGAUCGGUCGGAUUUGGCCAACCAGUGACAUGAAUCAUCCGGUCAUCUCCCCAGCGAGAUUAUUGAUGGGUGCAUAUCUGGGGCUCGCUCGUGUUCGAUCUUUGCAAGACAUCGCCAGUGGUCUCUUCCUCUGUGGCCUAUUCCUGCAAUACGAGAAGCUCUCGAAACGAUUUGUUCCUGAAGCAACGAAUUUCCUGGUGAACUCCUUGUUGCAAAUUGCUCCACAUCCCUAUGACACGGCAGUUGCUAUACCUGGAACCUUCUCGACGCAGGACUUCAAGACAUCGUUGACGAUUCCUUUGUCCUUGGGAAAGAAGGCGAAGACAUUGUCUGCCAACAAGCCGGACCUUGCGCGAUGCAUCUGCGCCAAUGACCUGGGCGAACAAGAGAAAGUCGACCUCCUUGGUCUCACACUCGAGCUUCUGGGAAGAUACGCGGACCAGUACAAGAGUCUUGACGGCUUCAUUGAGCUAUACACCCCCAUUCACAAUAUCUUGGAAUCUGUCAAGGAGGCCAGUUUGCCGUCAGACCUAGUGACACGACUACAAUCCUUGCGGGACACGCUUGGUCGCCUGCUCAAAUUUGCGCUUCAGUCCCGCAAACCACUGCUGUUGCAGGCGCACAAACCGAUCCCGAUCCCUACUUACGUCCCCAAGUUCGAGCAGACAAGUUCCAACUAUCUCCGCAACCGCGAUCCGGAUCACGAACGCAACGAGGUGGCGAAGUUGCGCGCACAGCUCAAGCAGGAGCGCAAAGGUGCGAUCCGCGAGCUGCGCAAGGACGCCCGCUUCCUCGCGACGGAGCAGUCGAAGAAGCAGAAGGCAAAGGAUCAGGUGUACCGCGACAGCAUGAAGCGCGUCUUUGGCACUUUGGAGAGCGAGCGGGCAGAGGAGAAAGCGAUGGAGCGCGAGAAGUCGAAGGAGAAGCGACGGGGAGGACGCAAGUAG